AUGGCGGAAGACUCUGGAAUUAAAGAAAUCCAAUCGAUUCAUUCGCGGAUUCUAGACCUACCGCCCAGCUGCAUCGAAUUUUCUCCCAUUGCACGAGAUUACUUUAUUGUCGGAACUUAUUACCUUGAGAAGAACGAGGAUGGAAACGACGCCACUAAGGAGGACGAAGAAAAUACGUCAAACUCACCGGAAGAAAAGAAGGCGCAGAGUCGCCGCGGAAGCCUGAUUCUGUUCCGAUACGUCAAUGAUGAACUCACACUCCUCCAAACUCUCCCCACACCAUCCGCCUUGCUGGACCUGCACUUCUCUCCGCAUGACCCUUCGAUAUUCGCAACUGCCACCAGCACGGGUACUCUAUCUCUCUACCAACUCUCUCUACCAUCUGACACCUCCCCUGCCGCGCCAGCAUCCAUUCAGCAUCUCUCAACCUACCAGAUUCUCGAUCCGUCUACCCUCGUCUUAGCCUUCGCUUUCCACCCCGUCUACUCGAACCUUCUUGGCGUAUCGUUAUCCAAUGGGGACAUAUCGAUAUAUCAGAUUCCCUCUGCCUCCACAUCUUCUACUGGCAUACGUAAAGUGUGGACGUCUUCGUCCGCCCAUUCCCUCGAAGCCUGGACACUAUCUUUCAGCCCGGACGGUUCGACCUUCUUCUCCGGCGGAGAUGAUUCGAAACUUCAGGCAUAUGCCAUCUCAGACGUGACUCCCCAAAGCGACGAGGUGUUCAAAAGCGAAGCUCAAGCGGAAAAUGACGAGGAAGUUGACGAAGAGACCGAGCUCGACGAGCCGGUAACUCUGUGGUCCGAUACGAAGACUCAUGGAGCAGGCGUGACUGCGAUUUUGCCAUUAAGUAUUGACGACGAUGCAUCAGCCAUGUCAAAGAUUCUCAUCACAGGGAGCUAUGACGAUCAUAUUCGUGUGUAUGAGUAUCCUGCUCCGGGGUUGCCGGGGCGGAGAAAAGUGCUGGCGGAGACGUAUCUCGAAGGUGGCGUCUGGCGGUUAAAGCUACUGAAAGGCUAUGAGACGUCGGAUGACGCGCGGGAUGAGGGAAAUGCUCCAGAUGGGACAAAGUCGGUUAUCCGAGUCCGCGUUCUUGCGAGUUGCAUGCAUGCUGGAGCGAGAGUGGUGGAGAUUACUCGCGAUGCAGAAGGACAGUGGGAUAUAGCUGUCCUGGCCAAGUUUGAAGAGCACAAGAGUAUGAAUUACGGAAGUGAUGUGCAGCCGUUUACGGAAGGUGAGGACAAUGGCAAGGCUGAAGCUCGUAAAGAGUUCACGAUAAUGUCGACAAGCUUUUAUGAUAGACUGCUCUGCGUUUGGAAGUGUGAGCGGUAG